CUGCUCUACUUACUACAACAAUCACAACUACAGCUCCUACUCAGUCAAUUGUAGCUUCUACGUCAACCACAGCAGCUGCCUCUACGACAACCACUUCAGCUCUAACUACAACAAGUGCUGCUACUACGAUUACUACAACUCCAGAUUCUACAACCACAGAACCCACUCAUAUGACUCCUAUAACUGCAGAUAUUUCCAGAACAACAACUGCAGCUGCUUCUACAACAACUACAACUUCAACUCAAACAACAACCACAACAACAGCACCUACUACAACACCUGCAGUUCCUACAACUGUAGCUCCUACGACCACGACACCUGCUGUACCUACUAUAACAAUUAUAACUACAGCUCCUGCGACAACAACUGUAGCUUCUCUGUCAACCACAGCAGCUGUCCCUUUGACAACCACUGCAGCUCCUUUGACAACCACUGCAGCUCUUACGAAAACAACUGUAACUCAUACGACAACAGCUGUUGGUCCUUUGACCACCACAACUGUAGAAUCUAUUUUAACAUCUACAUCUGAAGCUACAACAACAACCACAAUUACAUCAGCUAGUACAGCACCUGCAGUUCCUACAGCAAAUGCCGCUUCUACGACAACUGCAGGUCCUAUGUCAACUGCAGCUCUUACGACAACUACUGUAGGUCCUACAACCAAUACAACUGGAGCUACUACAACAACUGCAACCACAGGUCCUACUACAAUAAAUAUAGCUCCUACAACAUCAACCGUAGCUCCUACGGCCUCUGUGAUUGCAGAACCUACUACGACAACUCUACCUCCUACGACAACACCUGCUGCUGCUACCACAAUAACUGUAUCUCUUCCAAACACUAUAACAGCAGUAAUUAUUACAAAUCCCACAAUUAAAGCUCUUACUACAAUAAAUGUUGCUCCCAUGACAACCACAACAACAGCCCCUACAACAACUGUGGGUUCAACAACCACUACAUCUCCUACAUCAACCACAACAGCAGCACCUACAAUGACAACAGUUGCUUUUACAACAAAUGAAGCUCCUACGUCAAUAAGUGUAGCUCCUAUAUCCACUACACCUGCAGUACAUACUACUGUAGCUUCAAUUCCCACUACAACAGCAGCACCUACAAUGACAACUGAAUCUCUUAUGACCAAUACAAAUGCAGCACCAACUACAACAACUGCCAUUCAUACUACAACCACAACUACAGCUUUUACAAGAACUUCCACUAUCCCUACCACCACCAGCGCAAUAGAAACUCCUACUACCAUAACUAUAAUGGCAGCUCCUAUAACCACCACAACUUUAGCUUCUUCUACGACAACCAAAACAUCAACUGCAAUAAUGACAACUACAAAUACAUCUCCAACAAUCGCAACUAAACCUCUUAAAACCACCUCCAUCAAUGUUGCUUCUAUUACAACAAUUAAUACUGCAGGUUCUACAAGCACCACCACAACUGGUAGUUCUCAUUCUACAACAACGACUCCAACUGCAGCACCUACAAGUACAACCGCAAUUGUACUUCCUACAUUGACAACCAGAACUGCAACUUAUAACUCAACUUCUAUGGCUUCAGUGACAUCAACAACUAGGUAA